CUGCUGUUCCAAUUGCGUAAUGACGUAAUGACGUCAUGACGUACUGCGUCCUCCCGUCCUCGGGAGUUUGUACUCCCGAGUCGAACUAUCCAAGUAUGAACUUGCAAGUUUGCAAGUCCACACUUGACCAUACUUGUAGUGUUAGCUUAAUGCUAGUGUUAGCUUAAUGCUAGUGUAGCCUAAAGGAACCUGGAGCACUAAUAGGAUACUUUGACUUCUUGCUACAGUCGUUAUCUCUUCCUUAGACUUCAGUACAAUGAUGAAGUUAAACUGUGUUGAUCUUGACAGGUGUAUGGAGGAGUUUACUCACCUAGAACAGAAGAUUGCAGAGGUUAAUGGCAAAAACAACGCGUUGGAGAUCAUGCUGGAGGAUGCCAAUCGACUGAUGAAAUUCUAUCUGGCAAAAGAGAUGAGUCUGAUGGAGGAAAGAGACAGUCUUCUCAUCACAGUGAACAAACUGCAGCAAACUCUGGAGGAGCAGUGCAACCUCAGACUGGAGAAUGAGAAAAUGAAGAACGAUAUGGUGGCCUUGAAACAACAGAAUGAGAGAACAGCAAAGGAUGGAGAGGCUGAGCUUCAGCGGCUCGUAAGUGAAAUGAGAGCAGAAGGAGAGAGACACAAGAGGGAGCUAGAGACUGUAAGGCAGCAGUGCAGGAGGGAGGUGGAGGACGCCUGCAGGGAGGGUUUCCAUCAGCUGGAAGCUAAAGAUGCUGAAGUGAAGAACCUGCUGGAAAAGAAAGAUCUGGAUCUUGAGGAGUCAAAGAAGAGGCUGAAGGACCAGGAGAGGGAGAGGCAGAGCGAGCUCCUGAAGUUACAGAUGGAGUUUGGUGCGAAGUUAGCCAGAGUUCAGAGUACAGCUCAGUGGAGCCAACAACAGCAGCAGCAGCAGCAACACGGCUCCAACCUUCUUCCACAGAGUGUCUUCAAGAGGAAGCUGCAGUUCAUCCAGGGGGAGAAAAACAAGGAGAUUGUUGCCCUGCGUCAGAGAAUCAAAGAGCUGGAAGAGAACCAGCGUGCCGACGGCUUCAAUGACAGUCGUCUGAAGAAGAGAAGGAUCUAGUUAGUUUAGAGGCUAGCAAGUGACCUGUCAGCCCUGCAGGGUAUGAAUCUGUUGACUUUCUACAGGGGGUAGAAGUGACUGAAGUGUUUGGAAAUUUACAGAUUAGUAUUUCAGUUUCAAAGCAAAACUGAGUUGCUUAUUUACAGAUCACUUAUUUAACUGUACUGCUUCUGAGCUUCUUGCUCUGUCAUACUUGGCUUGUAAUUUCACCGCCCUGCUGCAGAAAGCCGAGGUAAACGCAGGCCAUAUUCCUGUUUUAAGGCUUUAAUCCAAUCAGACGUCUGCAUGGGAGGGAGGCAGGGGGAGCCGCUGAAGCAGACAGUUAGCUGGAAGGCCAAUCCCGUUCAGGGAAUUAUAACUGUUCAUCUCC